AUCUUUAUGACUGAAUUAACGUAAAUAAGCGGUGGAAAAUUACUGUAUUUUUUAAGUUGCUGCGUUAGUAAUUUCACUAUUUUGGGGCACCAGAGCAAUUUGAAAAUUGCUGAACGGUUUUUGGUUAAUUAGAAUUUAAAAGAAAUUAUAAAUGUAGAAAAUUUUAGAUAGAAAACUUAAUUACCAAAGUUUUAAUAAAGGCUGUGGAAACCACGGGAAGAUCUCUUUCUUUUUGUGGUCGUUUCUGUGAGUUUGUGUGCGUUACUGGUGUGUCGUAUUCUCUUCUACUCUUAUGUACUUUACUAUAAAAGUCACCAUGAAGUGUAGAGACAGGGUUAGCAAUUUACUUAGCUAUGUCGGGGCGUCGCAUUUUUGUUGGUCGUUUGAGUUACCGUGCACGUGAGGGCGACAUAGAGCGCUUCUUCAAAGGCUUUGGUCGUAUUACAGACAUCAACAUCAAGAACGGCUUCUGUUUCGUGGAGUUUGACGACAGCAGAGACGCAGACGAUGCAGUGUAUGAGAUGAAUAACCAGAUGCUGUGCGGGGAGAGGGUCACUGUCGAACUGGCUAAAGGAACGCAGAGGUGGGGCCAAGAGCGACGGGAUUAUGGAGGGGGAAGAGAUUAUGGGAGAGGGGAUUACGGAGGUGGGUAUGGGGGGAGGAAUAAUGACCGGGGCUUUGGGAGGAGACAGAGCAAAUUUGCCCCGCCGAUGAGAACUGAGUAUCGGGUGAUUGUGGAGAAUUUAUCGACUAGAGUCGCCUGGCAGGAGUUGAAAGAUCAUUUAAGGCAAGCCGGAGAAAUCACGUACGCAGAUGCUCAUAAGCAUCGUCGCAAUGAAGGCGUUGUGGAUUUCGCGAGCUACGAUGAUAUGAAGAAUGCAAUUGAGAAGUUCAAUAAUACAGAGCUGAAUGGGAGGAAGAUCAGAUUGGUGGAGGAUCGCUCACAGAGCAGUUCGAGAUCACGGAGCAGGUCACGAUCACGCUCACGAAGUCGUCACCGUUCCAGAUCACGGGAUCGAAGUUCACGCAGGAAGAGAAGUCGCUCUCAUUCACAUGAUAGCGACAGGAAUAAGAGGAAAGAGUCAAGAUCUUCAUCCAAUGAAGAUAACCGGAAGAGGAGCCAAUCACGUGAAAAAGAUUCUGAUCACGAUGAUAAAAAUGAGGAGAAGAAUGAUCAAGGUGAAACUUCCAAGGAAAAAAUGGAAGAAAGUGCUGAAACAUCACAAGUAUCUGAAGAUCGUGAUGGUGGACAUUCUCGUGAAAAUAGUCGUGAAAAAUCACCAUCUCAUGAAAAUGGUGAUAAUGAAAGGGGUGCUCGCAGCAGCUCCCCUGAACAAAAAGAAGAAAAUUAAACUGGAUGUUUUGUUACAAAAAUUGACCAAAAAAUUAUUCAACAAUCUCUUCAUUACAAGCUUACUUGUCUAGUUUGAUUUAAUGAAGAUCUAUCGGCCCCAAUUAUUUUUACGAUUGUGACAUAUGUGUAAUUCAUACCCCUUGUACUGCCCAGUGAAAUUAAAUUUUCACAAAAUUUAAGUAAGAUGAUUCGCAGUGUAAAUAUUCUUUUAAAACCAAAACUUUUUGUAAAUUGGCAAUUGAUUUCUAAAGCAGUUUGCAACACAAACUCUGCUGCUAACUGUUUAUGAUAAAUUGUUUUUUUGAGUUGUUUUAACUGGAAUAAAAAAUGAUUGUAACCUUG